CAUACUUACAGUCUGAAACACUCUGUAUAAUUACAAUGUUCAUCCCUGAUAUGGGAGCUGGUCGUCUGUUUUUGGUCAUCGUCCUUCUAUAUACCUUUCAAUACAUCAAAGCCCAAGUUCAGAAACCAGUGAUUAGUACCAGUCAUAAUGAGGAGGAUUUCAUCAUCACCUGUUUGAUUCCUGGACUUGCUGAUAGAGACACCACCUGUAACCUGUAUAUUGGAGAGAAGAAUAAGCCAUUCUGGAAAACACGGAUAUGGAAAAAGAAAACCCAAAAAACCAAGCAAUGGUACUGUACAUUCUCUGUGACCGAAGACGAUCUGAUCAGACAUCUACAGUCAGUGAGGAGUAAGGAGGUGAGCUGUGACUACAGAGUGAGCUCAGGACCAAACUUUCUCUCUCCACGUAGUGAUGUGUACAGCUUUACAGAUCUGGUGGAAGUUGACAUCAGUGACCCAGCAACUAUUACAGCAGGAUUGACCUCUCCUUUGACCCCCAGCACAGCAGUGAAUCCUACGUCAGGUUGGACUGUUCUUUCUACUUUGACCACUGACACCGCAAAGAUUUCAACUGAAGGAGGUCAAAGCUACACAGAAAGUGAGGUUUUUUCAAACAGUCAAGAAAGCGUUAAAGCAUGUUCAACUGUUGCUUCUACUUUGACCCUUGACAUCACAGUGAGACCAACUACCAGUUUGACCUCUCCUUUGACCCCCAGCACAGCAGUGACUCCUACAUCAGGUUCGACUGUUCGUUCAACUUUGACUACUGACACCACACUGAGUCCAACGGAAGGAAAAAGCUCCACAGAAAGUAUUCUGUUGGGGCAGGUUUGGCAGGCAGCAGUGGCUGUGGUUUCUGGAGUGAGUGUGUUCCUGGUGGGAUUGACCGCUGUCUGUCUCUGCAGGAGCACCAAGAAAAACAAUUCUCCGAGACCUACAGCCAGACAGGAUGAUGACAACCAAUAUGAUUUGGUGUUGGGAGCCACGAGCAGUGCAGCCAUGGUGGAUUCUGGGGAAGCUGGGAUAUACAGUCUGAUCACCUCUGUUUCGGCCACGUUUUUGCCCUCAGGCCCUAUCGAAGAGAAUGGACAGUCAUUUGAAAACUACACAACUGAUACGUACCACAUAUACUGCUCAAUCCCUGACAAACUAGCAAACUCAGCCCAGCCGGAUGGGUUGUACAGUCUUCUACAGGCACACUGAAACUACACCACUGGCUGUCUGUAGCUAUGUCUCACACAAAUACCCUCUUUGUCCCAUGAUGUGCUUUGUUUAUUACAUAUCAAGUUACUGAGCGUAUCCAUAACAUCUGUUACUGUGUUAGCAGUUUUAUUUUGGAGGGGUCUGGUGGCAUACUCCUGAGUAUUUGUCUGAUUUUGUUCUCGUAGUAAACACAAAAUCUACUGUG